AUGGCGGGACAAAGCAACCGGGCUGAGCUCCAGAAGGGCCUCUAUGAAGUCGGCAUGCCCAUCCGCCGCUCCGUCCUCAGCGACGCAUACGUCGACAACGCCCUAAAGAAUGGUAGCACCGAGUUCGCCAAGGCUAUGCAGGAGUUCACCACGGCCUUCUGCUGGGGCGCAGUUUGGGACCGCCCCGGGUUAGAUCGCAAGCAGCGUUCGCUCAUCAAUCUUUCCAUGUUGGCCGCCACCGGCAAGGUACACGAGUUGGCCGUUCACACCCGAGGUGCCGUGAACAACGGCGUUUCGGCAACCGAGAUACGAGAAGUUCUCGUGCAGGUGUGCAUUUACAUGGGCGUUCCGGCCGGGAUGGAGGCUUUCAAGGCGGCCGAGAAGGUUCUGAUCACCAUGGAGAGCGAGGGUGCGACUAUUAAGCCUUGA